GAUUAACCCUUCAAUCGUCAGUCAAAAUGAAAGUUUGUUAUUUUCUGUGGGUUUUACUUUCUUUAACAGCAAUCGUAUUAUCUGAGCGUUCUGAUAUCGACCUGAAUGAUACAAGAGAUUGUGUUUCCGGUCCAGCGGGUAUACCGAGUUUACCAGGCCUACCAGGACGACCGGGAUAUUUUCCAAGUAUUGGAAGAACAGCUAGUUACUGUAGAUAUAUUGGUAGGAAUGGCCAAUGUUAUAGAUUUAGUGGCGUGUACAGUGAGGAGGAGUGCCGACGACGAUACGGUGAUGAACAAUAUGAAAUUUGGGUUACCAAACAGUUAUGGCAAGACCGAAAUAAUGCCCAUCAUAGAUACAGCGACCCUAUAGGGCCUGUAGGUCCUGGGUAUUAAUCACACCAUGAUGAAAACUUGUUAUUUCGGAAAAUACUGUUCUGUUUUACCAUUGUAGCCAGAAUAAGAUUUUGGAGAAGAUUUCUGUAAUAUCAUCGCAACCAUAAUCAAAAUAUUCGGUUUGAAAAAUUCAAUUUUUGUCGUAAGUAUUCCAGGACAAAUUCUUAUGUAACCAGAGCCCUGUUCUGUACCAAUAACUCUGUUCUAUAAUACAAUUGUAAUUUGAGAAAUAUUUUGUUCUGUUAUUACAUUUAACAAUUAACAAACGAUUUGAUUUAA